AUGACUGCUACGACAGACGUUCAAAAAAUCAGCAUUUUGGGCAAGGAAUCCAUACAUUGUGGAUUCCAUCUCGUUCCCUACAUCGUCAACACCGUGCUGACGGAGUUGCCUGCAUCGACUUACAUUCUAAUCACUGAUUCAAAUAUAGCAAAAUUCUACCUUCCUGCUUUCGAAAAAGAGUUUAGAUCUACUCUAUCGGGUCUCUUGAAUGGAACCCACGCUCGUCCUCGUUUUCUCAGCUAUAUCAUACCUCCAGGCGAAACGUCGAAGAGUCGCGAGGGCAAGGCCGCCGUAGAAGACUUUCUUUUACUUAAUAAAUGUACUCGAGACACUGUGAUACUUGCUCUCGGAGGGGGAGUUGUAGGCGAUCUAGUUGGAUUCGUUGCUGCAACUUUCAUGCGUGGUGUUCGUUUCUGUCAGAUUCCCACUUCCUUGCUGGCGAUGGUCGACUCUAGUGUUGGCGGUAAGACCGCCAUCGAUACUCCACACGGCAAGAAUUUGAUUGGGGCUUUCUGGCAACCCGAAUUUAUCUUCAUUGAUGCUGCUUUGUUGGAAACUCUCCCUUCGCGUGAAUUCUCAAAUGGAAUGGCGGAGGUGGUCAAGACCGCCGCCAUAUGGGACGAUUCAGAGUUCAAUUCCUUAGAAUCGCGUUCGGCCGAGAUCUUUGCCGCUAUCCAAACUCCGUCAACUAACUACGCAGGUCGCUCAGAAAAGACCCGAUCCGAUGCCCAGAAGUUACUUCUCUCAGUAAUCAUAGGGUCGAUAUCUGUCAAGGCUCACAUUGUUACUAUCGAUCCUACAGAGAAAGGCCUUCGAAACCUUGUAAACUUUGGGCAUUCUAUCGGACAUGCUAUCGAAGCUAUUCUUACCCCUACGAUUCUUCAUGGAGAAUGUGUUAGUAUCGGGAUGAUUCUGGAGGCUGAGCUCUCCAGGCAAAUGGGCAUUCUUAGCCAAGUGUCAGUCGGACGCUUGACUCGUUGUCUGAAAGCCUACAAUCUUCCCGUGUCACUCGCUGACCCUCGUAUUGCCAAUUUGCCUUCCGCCAAACUCAUCACAACCGAGCGUCUUUUGGAUAUCAUGAAGGUCGAUAAGAAGAAUCAGGGGAACGACAAGAAGAUUGUCCUUCUUUCUAGGAUCGGUGCUACAUACGAGCAGAAAGCAUCUGUGGUCCCUGAUGGCCUCAUUUCCAAAACCCUUUCCGAAUCUGUGACUGUCGUACCCGGGAUUCCUUCGUUUAACCCCGUCAAAAUGACCACACCAGGAUCCAAGAGUAUUUCUAACCGAGCUUUGGUUCUUGCUGCACUCGGGACUGGAAUCUGCAGGCUCAAAAAUCUGCUUCACUCUGACGAUACGCAAGUAAUGAUGGCGGCUCUCAGUGAACUCAAAGGUGCCAAGUUUGAGUGGGAAGACGGCGGAGAGACCUUGGUCGUCCACGGCGGCAAUGGUUCCCUCUCGGUUCCUCCGAAAGGAAAGGAAAUUUACCUCGGGAACGCAGGUACUGCAGCGCGAUUUCUGACUACUGUUUGUACGUUGGUGCAAAAGCCGCCCACGGGUGAAUCGGAGACGACCGUCAUUACAGGCAAUGCGCGCAUGAAGCAACGACCUAUCGGUCCAUUGGUUGCAGCUCUACGAGCUAAUGGAAGCGAGAUCAGUUAUCUCGAGUCUGAUGGCUGUCUUCCACUGUCUAUUCGUCCAAAUGGGCUCAGUGGAGGCAUCAUUCAACUGGCAGCCAGUGUAUCCAGCCAAUAUGUUUCAUCCGUCCUUCUUUGCGCACCUUACGCCAAUGAGCCUGUCACCCUUGAGCUUAUCGGUGGACAAGUCAUUUCUCAACCCUACAUCGAUAUGACGGUCGCAAUGAUGAAAACUUUUGGCAUUGAAGUUAUCCGUCGUGUUGAAAAGGAUACGGGCAAACUCCUGGAUAUUUAUGAUAUCCCCAAGGGGAGUUACCAAAACCCUUCCGACUAUUCCAUCGAAUCCGAUGCUAGUAGCGCGACCUAUCCACUUGCUAUCGCGGCUAUUACUGGUACAUCAUGCACCAUUCAGAACAUCGGUUCAUCGUCCCUACAAGGAGAUGCAAAAUUUGCGCGGGAGGUUCUCGAGCGUAUGGGCUGCGAGGUCAAUCAGACAGCUACGGAGACUACUGUCCAGGGUCCGCCCAUUGGACAAUUAAAAGCAGUCGAGGAAAUUGAUAUGGAGGUCAUGACGGAUGCUUUCCUGACGGCCACCGUUCUUGCUGCUGUAGCAAACGGCAAGACUAGGAUCAUUGGAAUUGCCAACCAACGUGUGAAAGAGUGCAAUAGAAUUCGUGCAAUGAUAGAUGAGCUUGCCAAGUUUGGCGUGAGCACAAACGAGCUCGAUGAUGGUCUGGAAGUUUUUGGCAAGCCAGUAGAACAGCUCAGAAAGGGAGUUAGUGUACACUGCUACGAUGAUCACAGAGUGGCCAUGGCUUUUAGUGUUCUGGCUUCCUUAGUUCCCGGAACCAUCCUUGAGGAAAAGCGAUGCGUAGAGAAGACUUGGCCCAACUGGUGGGACGAUCUACAAAACAAGAUUGGACUGGAAGUCAAGGGUGUCGAGCUAUCUACUCCUUCUGUUUCCCUUUCCUCCACUCCCCUUUCCCCCAAGUCUGUGAUACUCAUUGGAAUGCGUGGGUCUGGCAAGACUUUCAUCGGCGAUCUUGCUGCGUCAGCCCUUCGUUGGACUUUUAUCGAUGCUGACAACUACUUUGAAACUGUUCACCAGGUCGGUGUGCGCCAGUUUGUUCAUGAGAACGGCUGGCCUGCUUUCCGUGAAGCUGAGACCAAGCUCCUGAAAGAUUUACUUACCGAGAAAGGUCACGACCAUGUCCUCAGCUUGGGCGGAGGAAUUGUCGAAACUCCUGCCGCUAGAGAUCUCUUGAAAGACUGGGUUUCCAGUGGAGGGCUUGUUGUGCAUGUUUCACGGAAUAUUGGCGAAAUUAUUGAAUAUCUCGGUACUGAGGGCUCGAGACCUGCAUACGGAGAGCCUGUCAGUGAGGUUUUCGAGCGUCGUGCUACUUGGUUUGCGGAAUGCUCCAACCAUCGUUUCAUCAAUCACGUCGAGGCCUUCGCAGAUGGAAAAAUUGUAGUCGACCCCACCGACACUAAGCGUGGUGUUCGUGAAGAGGUCUCUCGUUUCUUCCAUCAUAUCAGUGGUGUAUCUACCAAUCUAGCUCAAAAUCUGAUGCCUGGACACCGCUCAUACUUCCUUUCGCUCACAUACCCUGAUAUUAUGCUCGCUCUUCCCAAAUUGGAAGAACUAUCUGCUGGUGUGGAUGCGCUCGAAGUCCGUGUUGAUCUUUUACGCUCAAAGGAAGAUAUCGAGCCCUUGGGAAAACAUAUUCCCUCGGAAACAUACGUUGCUGACCAAAUUGCUGCUCUCCGUCGUGUCACUUCACUUCCUAUAAUCUUCACAGUCCGUACAGUUUCUGAGGGAGGGGCAUUCCCAGAUCAUGCACAAAAAGAGGCCUUUAGCUUGUUGAAACUCGCUCUUAGUCUCGGUGUGGAGUACCUUGAUGUGGAAAUGCAACUUCCAGAGCAAACGAUUAAGCAGCUCGUUGCUCGUAAAGGAGCUACGCAGUUCAUUGCUUCCUGGCACGACUGGAGCGGGAGACUGAAGUGGAAUAGCCCUGAAGCGCAGGCCAUGUACAAUAUUGCUGCACAGAACGGUGAUAUCGUCAAAAUGGUUUUCACCGCAUCUACAAUGCAAGAUAAUUUCGAUUGUCAGGCAUUCGCACUGAAAAUGAACGGUCGACCAGGCGCGAAACCUUUCAUUGCCAUCAACAUGGGGGCUGUGGGACAGUUAUCUAGGAUCCUGAAUACUACAUUCUCGCCUGUCUCCCACCCACUGCAGCCAAGCCGAGCUGCGCCAGGUCAAAUCUCCUUCGCCCAAGUACAAAAGGCCCUUCAUUUAAUAGGAGAACUUCCUGCCAAAAAAUUCUAUCUCUUUGGCAAUCCGAUAGAUCACUCUCUAUCGCCCACACUUCAUAAUAACGCAUUCGAAACGCUGGGUCUUCCACAUACCUAUGAGUUGUUGGAGACUGCUGAGGUCGGUGAGGAUAUCAAAAAUACCAUCGCCUCUCCCGACUUUGGCGGAGCUUCCGUUACAAUACCUCACAAACUGAAUAUUAUUCCUUUGCUCGACCAACUGACACCGGCAGCGAAAGUCAUGGGCGCGGUAAAUACCAUCAUACCCACAAACGAUGGUGCCACUCGCAUACUUGUUGGAGACAACACAGACUGGCUAGGUAUUCGAGGAUCCAUCGCGGCUCGUGUUGCAGUGGGACAAAUACAUGCUGCGUUGGUAAUUGGUGCGGGGGGUACUUCUCGUGCAGCUAUCUAUGCACUCAAUGAUUUGGGCGCCAAGGUGAUAUAUGUGUGGAACAGAACGCGCAGUCGCGCAGAGGAAUUACGAACUUCCAACCUGGACAUGAAUAUCCAAGUCAUCGAUGAGUUAGGUCAAUGGCCUAGUGGAGCUACUGCUCCCAAUGUCAUUGUUUCGACUAUUCCCGCGUCUGAAACCUCAUUUGAAGAUGAACCAGAUCGGCUGUUCUAUCCAGCGUCACUUUAUUCUUACCGGGAUGGACCAGCUAUCGUUCUUGACUUGGCCUACAAACCCGUGGAGACGCCACUGUUGAAACUCGCAAAGAUGACUGCCUCAAACUGGGACACUGCACAGGGAGUUGAGGUUCUACUCCAGCAAGGGUAUGCUCAGUUCGAGAAAUGGACUAGUAGAAAGUGCCCCCAAGGCAUCGUGUCGAGGAAGGUAUGGGAAGUUUACUACAACCGUGUCUGA